AUGCGCACCAAGAGGGGCCCUAUCCCCGCUCUCACUGGGCCCUCUGGCCAACCAGCUGGGGCGUCCGAUCGAGUUUCCCGGGCCAAAGUCCUGAUCCCGCGAGAUCGGUCCCGGAUCGUACUAUCUAGCUCCCGCAUACGCACCUCACGUGCCUGCGAUCCGUGUAGACAACGCAAAGCUAAGUGCAAUGGUGGCAAGCCAACUUGUAUCCAGUGCGAUGGCUUAGCCAUCGAGUGCACCUAUUCCGAACAGAAACGCACCCUCGAGCAGAAAGAGCUCACCCUGUUGCGGAGCACCAUCCGACGCCAUGAACGAAUGAUCCAACUCAUCUCCGCUCGCCCCACAAACCAGGACGAUGAUACUACAGAUCAGGACCCCACGGACUCAACCCCCUCGCAAGGGGAAACCAUGGAGGUAAUCCUGCCCUCAGUGGUGGAGACCAUCCGGCGGAGCGCAUCCGUUCACGAUGCGGCCAUGCAUCUCGACCAGCAGGUGUCAACGCAACGGCCCGGAGUCACCCUUGGCAGAGUGCAGCGGGCCUGGCUGAGUCGACUUUCUGGUAAAGCGGAGCUGGUGUGUCGACAUCCCCCGUACACGGUCACGGCGGCGGAGAAGUGGACAUCGGUCGUCGAUAGUGCGGUGGCCUCGCAUCUAUUCUCCCUCUUCUUCGUCUGGGACAAUCCUACCUGGCAUCUAAUCGAGCCAAGUGUGUUCCUCGCCGACUUUCAAUCCGGAAGGACACAGUUUUGCUCCUCGUUGCUGGUGCACGCCAUCCUCUUUUUUGCUUGUCACUAUUCAUACGACCUGGAGAAGCCAUGGGAUAGGAGGGAGGAAAUGUCCAUUGCCAAGAGACUGUUCCGCGAGAUUGGUCGUCUCUGGCAGCGGGACAAGGACAAUGUAUGUCUAACCACUGUUCAAGCCAGCUUAAUUCUAGGGCUGUUUUUCAACGCGUCCGGAAAGGAUAAAAUCGGGACGCAAUACAUCUACUAUGGUGGCCAAAUGGCGUUGCAGCUGGGGCUGCAUCUUCCUUCGUCGGCCGUCUUCCACAGCGACUCGAUGGCGGAAGCGAAGCGAAAUCACUGGGCACAUAAGCUUAUUGCCUGCGGGAUAUACGAUGUCCAAUCUUUAACAAUGCAACUGGGGCGCAAACCAUCGCCCUGGAAAGCACCCCCCGAGAACUACCUCUCGCAGGAAGAAGCAUUGUUUUCAGAUGUCAAUCAACAAUGGGCGCCUUAUCCGUUCACAUAUCCGACAUUCAAGCCCUAUGCGAACACAGGGGUCUUCGUCCGCCGCAACCUCCUCAUCCUUAUCAACGAUAUCUCGAGAUUCGAGGCGCAGAUGCCUCACCGCGUCGAUCUUCCUAGCUGGCAACAAGGCACUCUGAUCCACGAGAAGUUAGUCACAUUUGAAAGAACUUUGCCGAUCGUGCUUGGGAUAGGAAGGAACAAAACCCCCCACAAUUUAUGCCUUCAUCUAUAUUAUCACAUGGCUGUGGUCAAUCUCUGUGGGCUGUUCAAUUCCCGAGAAGCCACCACGACCAAGGAAACCAUUAUUGCUGUAACACAAUUCGACCCGCAGCAAAUCUUAGAAGAUGCCAUGGAUGCUAUGGCAACGAUCAUCUUAAUGUACCGUGUUUGCCACGGGUGGAAAUCAAUACCAGUGGUCAUGGUCCACUACUUUUUUGUUAUUGGGCUCCAUGCUGCGUCCAAUCUGCGAUCUUCAAAGUGGCGCGAAGUGCUAGUAAGCUGCGUGUCAGGUCUUUGGCACAUGGGUCUAGCGUGGCGAAUAUGUCGACCGUUUCUGCGCACAAUCCAGUUGGUGUUGAGCACUGGCGCCGACGAAACGUUGAUUCCCGUCGAGGCGCAGUCCAUCUUGCGGGAAUUCAACGAAAAGCUGUGGACCCAGCAUGACAUCCAAUCGGUCUCCGCUAAUUACGUCGUCCAUCAUCAUCAUCCGGCAAGGGAUGGACUUCAGAGCGGCGCCUUCCAAGGAGAAACUUUGGAGAACCUGAUCCGAGCCUUCGAUCGGCUCAGCACAGCGGAUGAUCAGGUAAGCGUGGCCGCAGCCUGA